UACGGCUACGAAGAGCUAUGAGAUACCAAGGUUUAGACGAAGUUCGGCCAAGUUCGGCCAAGUUCGGCAGAGCUGUAAGAUUUCCUUCACAGUGCCAUCUCCUAUCAGAUUUAGAAAAAGGUCGCGACAAUAGUCUAGAUUUCAUCUUAAAUUAUGAUGUUCGUUCCGAGAUUCGCUUGAACUUAGUCAUCGAAAUUGUAAUAUGUUUCUGCGCAGUUAUAGUAUUGGCUACUUGUAACAAGUCCCCAGAUUUGGGGUUUGCCUUGGGUUUUUUGCUUGGUGCAAUGUCAGUUAAACCUUGUAAGACUUCAUUUGAAGUUCGGCCAAGUUCGGCCAAGUUCGGCAGAGCUGUAAGAUUUCCUUCACAGUGCCAUCUCCUAUCAGAUUUAGAAAAAGGUCGCGACAAUAGUCUAGAUUUCAUCUUAAAUUAUGAUGUUCGUUCCGAGAUUCGCUUGAACUUAGUCAUCGAAAUUGUAAUAUGUUUCUGCGCAGUUAUAGUAUUGGCUACUUGUAACAAGUCCCCAGAUUUGGGGUUUGCCUUGGGUUUUUUGCUUGGUGCAAUGUCAGUUAAACCUUGUAAGACUUCAUUUGAAUUAUGGUUAGAAUAUUAUCAAGAAACGUUAAGUCAUCAGGACAGAACCUUAAUAUAUCUUUUGGCCGUGUUUGGUACUAUUAUUUAUUUGCUAAUGAUGUCAGGGGGAAUUGCCUUAAUAUUCACAUACAUAGAGAUAAUUAUCCACAUUAUUAGAAGAUAACUGAGAAUGUCACCACCGUCUACUGGCUGCGAAAUAUAACAACUAUCACUAUGAAAUGUAGACUUGUUUUUAUACAAGCGACAGAUUUUGAUCUUAGUGCACUCUAUUCUUUUCCCUUUGCCCUGCUGUCGACAAUGAAACAAUGCCUUAUCAAUCCACACCGUAAUGCUACACAUGAAUGAACACACAAACAGAUAUAUUUUGCAGCCAGUUAUGGAAUUGAUUUGAGCACUAGAGCUUAUCUAUUUUAAGAAUUGCUACCACAGCCAUGAUAUCACUCAAUUGAAUACUUUACACAUCAAUUUAUAUUGAUUCUCUUCUUCACGUUGGCGUAGACGUGAGGUACCAAUUAAGUAUUGAGUGGAUCACUGUCUGAAAGACGUUUUUCUUUGACUGAAAAUUAGGAUGAACAUUAUCCAAUAAAACUAUUUUCAAUUACUUAAUGUGUUUGAAAAUUAAAUACCUAUGUAUUGAACAUAAUCUGACC